UAUUUACAUAAUACUUACUAUAUUUGAAUAGGACAGUUCUGUCAUAAUUAAAUCAACAAUGUCGGGGACCGAUCCAUUUUUGUUUGUACUUUGUAGUGGUAUUGUUAUAUAAAUACUCAAACUUCGCCUAUUUCCUUUUCUUAUAAUUAAAAUGGACGAACUUCAACGUUUAAAUUCUAACGAACCAACUAAAUACAAUUCGACAAACAGAAAUGAUAUUGAUUAUGAUAACAAUUCUUUAUCAACGUGGGAAAUGAUUAAGCUAACAGCAUGUAUGGCCGGCCUUCAAUUUACUUGGACAGUCGAAUUGGCUUACGGUUCACCAUAUCUACGGUCUUUAGGCCUUACUACAGAGCUAAUAGCUUUAGUAUGGCUUGCAGGACCUUUAUCGGGUUUAUUGAUACAACCUCUUGUCGGAGCAAUCAGUGAUAAAAGUACUUAUAAAUUAGGUAGAAGACGUCCUUUUAUUAUAGUUGGAGGAUUUUUAGUCUGUCUCUCGAUGGCAGGUAUCGCGUAUUCAAGGGAAUGGGCUAAAGUAUAUCUUGGAAUGAUUAACUCGAAGAAUGGGGAUGAUCGGGAUGAGGCCAACAAGAUUGCAGUGUAUAUUGCAGUAUUAGCAUUUUAUUGCUUAGACUUUUCCAUAAAUGCGGUUCAAGCGUCAUGUCGUGCAUUGAUACUUGACAUUCCUCCUCUUUAUCAACAAGAAACAGGAAAUGCGUGGGCAGGAAGAAUGUUGCACAUAGGAAAUGUCAUCGGUUAUUUUACAGGCUUUCUGGACUUAACUGCGUUAUUUCCAAUGUUAGGGGAUACUCAGUUGAAGGUACUCUGUAUUGUUGCCUGUGUAAUAUUUAUAUUAUCAUUACUUAUAACAUCUUUAAGUGUGAAAGAGAAAGUAUUUGAAGCAAUUGAUGAUGACAAACCGUGGUGGCAUACCAUCGUAUAUAUUUAUAAAGCUUUUAGAUACCUUCCGGUACCUAUUCAAAGAAUUUGCAAUGUUCAGUUUUUCGCUUGGAUGGGAUGGUUUCCGUUUUUGUUUUUUAGUACAACUUGGGUGGCAGAAAUUUAUGCACAAACACACCCAACAGAAGAUCCAAAUGAUGAAGAUUUCAUUUAUAAAGCCACAAGAGCUGGCUCGUUCGGUUUAUUAUUAUUUUCAUUUGUAUCAGUAGCAGCUGGUGUUAUUAUACCACUUUUUACUCCAUCAACUUAUCCGAGUCGUAAUCCAUUUACCGUUUAUAACAUAUAUAUCGCAUCACAUAUUAUUUUCUUCAUUAUAAUGAUGACUACAUUUUUUGUACGUACCGAAUACCAUGCAAUAUCAGUUAUUGCUAGUGUUGGUGUUCCAUGGGCAAUCGCUAUGUGGAUUCCUUUUGCGCUCGUAGGAGAAUUUGUUCAAAAGGAAAAUGUUGAAGCUAUUGUUGAAAACACACAUGUUAGACCUAUCGAGAAUCCCGAUAUCGAGCAUGUAUCAUCAAUAGCUUCGUCGUCAUCAUCAUCUCCUUUGGUUACUCCAGAUGAGCAAAAUGAAGAAGAGGAGGAGUUCGAUGCAGGAAUGAUGCUUGGAGUUCAUAAUAUGUAUAUUGUAUUCCCUCAAUUUGUCAUUUCAUUAAUAAGUUCUGGAAUAUUUAAACUUUUUAAUGCAAAUAGUGAAGAUGUUGAAAUUGGAAAUAACGAUGCAGUAGGAUGGGUACUGAGAUUUGGGGGAUUUAUGGCAUUAAUAGCAGCUAUUUUAUCAUGUUAUCUUAUAGAUUUGCAUGUUUAUAAACAAGCAUAAUGAUUUUUAAAUAUUUAAAUUUUGUAUGUAUAGAAAUAA